AAGGUCAAAUGAAAAGCCUUGUCGCUUAGGACUGGCUGCAGACUUAGGAAAUUGGCAGAGCCAGCUGGGCUUAGAAACCACUGGAAACUCUCACUCACGCCACACCACCCUCUCACCCUACCUUGGCCUCAUUCUCCUGCAGUAGGAAGAACAUCUAUGGAUCAGCUUGCUAAGGACGUGCAAGAUCGGAAGAGCUGAGAAAAAUCAGCGUUGAACCCAUUUUUUGAUUAAAGCUGGCAUUUGCCCCUGACGAAUAGGAAGAUGAUGAGUGAUGCUAGUGACAUGUUGGCAGCGGCCCUGGAGCAGAUGGACGGGAUCAUAGCAGGUUCUAAAGCCUUGGAAUAUUCCAAUGGGAUUUUUGAUUGCCAGUCUCCCACCUCUCCGUUCAUGGGGAGCUUGCGAGCAUUGCACCUUGUGGAAGACCUCCGUGGAUUGUUGGAGAUGAUGGAAACGGAUGAGAAAGAGGGGCUGAGAUGCCAGAUCCCAGACUCAACAGCAGAAACGCUUGUUGAAUGGCUUCAGAGUCAGAUGACAAACGGACACCUGCCUGGGAAUGGAGACGUGUAUCAAGAAAGGCUAGCCCGUCUAGAGAACGACAAGGAAUCCCUUGUUCUUCAGGUGAGUGUGUUGACAGACCAAGUGGAGGCUCAGGGAGAGAAGAUUCGAGAUUUGGAGUUUUGUCUUGAAGAGCACAGAGAGAAACUGAACGCCACUGAGGAAAUGCUGCAGCAGGAGCUCCUGAGUAGGACCUCCUUAGAAACACAGAAGCUGGAGCUCGUGGCUGAGGUCUCUAACCUGAAGUUAAAACUGACGGCUGUUGAGAAGGACAGACUGGAUUAUGAAGACAGGUUCAGAGACACAGAGGGGCUAAUACAAGAGAUCAGUGAUUUGAGGUUAAAAGUCAGUGAAAUGGACAGCGAAAGACUUCAGUAUGAGAAAAAACUUAAGUCAACUAAAGACGAACUGACGUCUUUAAAAGAGCAACUGGAGGAGAAGGAAUGUGAAGUAAAAAGGCUGCAGGAAAGAGUGCUGUGCAGAACGAAAGGAGACGGGAUGGAAAUCCUUGAUCGAGAUGAAAAUGUUAAAAAGAAGCUCAAGGAGAAAAACAUUGAAGUGCAGAAAAUGAAAAAGGCUGUGGAAUCCCUGAUGGCAGCAAAUGAAGAGAAGGAUCGGAAGAUAGAAGAUCUCCGGCAGUGCCUGAACAGGUACAAGAAAAUGCAGGACCCAGCAAUUCUGGCCCAAGGCCAGGAUGGUGAGUGUGAGGGUCUGUUCCACUCCAGCUCCAUCUCCACCCUGUUGGAUGCACAGGGCUUUAGUGACCUGGAGAGAAGUACUUCUUCUACACCAGGCAUGGGGUCUCCCAGCAGAGACCCAUUCAACACAAGCGCUCCAGAAGAGUUGCAAGCUUCAGCCCCUUCACUGUUGCCACCGUCUAUGGGUGUGGAAACCUCCGAAAAGUCCAAGCUGCCUACUAAGCCUGAGGCUUCAUUUGAAGACACUGAUGGAAAAGCAAUCCUGGGUGCUGCCGCUGAAGCCCCACUAUGUGAUGGUCUUUCAACUUCAAGUCUGCAAAAAUCCAGCAGCCUGGGUAACCUGAAGAGAGAGACAUCAGAUGGCUUAGAAAAGGAGUCUAUCCAGAAGCCUGCAGAGGAUAAAGCUCCAACCGACAGCUGCACAUUUGGGACCCUGCCUCCCAAGGUUCCAGGACAUGAUGUCUCCAUGGAUGACAACCCCUUUGGCACUCGAAAAGCCAGGUCCUCCUUUGGCCGAGGCUUUUUUAAAAUCAAAAGUAACAAGAGGACAGCAAGUGCACCAAACCUUGAUCGUAAACGAAGUGCCAGUGCACCUACCUUAGCUGAGACAGAAAAGGAGACAGCUGAGCACCUGGAUUUGGCUGGUACAUCUCGGCCAAAAGGUUCACAGGGGACCAGUCCUUUCCAGAUGUCUCCACCAUCUCCAGACUCCAAAAAGAAGUCCAGAGGCAUCAUGAGACUCUUUGGGAGACUCAGGAGAAGCCAGUCAACUACCUUCAACCCAGAUGACAUGUCCGAGCCUGAAUUCAAAAGAGGAGGGACAAGGGCAACUGCAGGCCCCAGGCUGGGCUGGUCUCGAGAUUUAGGGCAGUCCAACAGUGACCUGGAUACGCCGUUUGCCAAAUGGACCAAGGAGCAAGUGUGCAGUUGGCUAGCAGAACAAGGCUUGGGAUCCUAUCUGAGUUCUGGCAAGCACUGGAUUAUAUCUGGCCAGACCCUCCUGCAGGCCUCUCAACAAGACCUAGAGAAGGAGCUGGGCAUCAAGCAUUCACUUCAUCGCAAGAAGCUCCAGCUGGCCCUGCAGGCCCUGGGAUCUGAAGAGGAGACCAACUAUGGGAAGCUGGAUUUCAACUGGGUCACCAGGUGGCUGGAUGAUAUUGGCCUCCCCCAGUACAAGACGCAGUUUGAUGAAGGCCGGGUGGACGGUCGAAUGCUGCACUACAUGACUGUGGACGACCUACUGUCUCUGAAGGUCGUGAGUGUGCUGCACCACCUCAGUAUCAAAAGGGCCAUCCAAGUCCUGAGGAUCAAUAACUUCGAGCCAAACUGCCUUCGGAGGCGGCCAUCUGAUGAGAACGGCGUCACCGCGUCUGAGGUUCAGCAGUGGACCAAUCACCGAGUGAUGGAGUGGCUGCGCUCUGUGGACUUGGCAGAGUAUGCCCCCAACCUCAGAGGCAGCGGUGUCCAUGGAGGGCUCAUGGUUCUUGAGCCCCGUUUUAAUGUGGAAACUAUGGCUCAGUUAUUGAACAUUCCACCCAAUAAAACCUUGCUACGCAGACAUUUGGCCACCCAUUUCAACCUUCUGAUUGGUGCUGAGGCCCAGCACCAGAAGCGAGAUGCCAUGGAGUUACCAGACUACGUACUGCUAACAGCUACUGCCAAAGUGAAGCCAAAGAAACUGACCUUUAGCAACUUUGGGAAUCUGCGGAAGAAGAAGCAUGAAGACGGAGAGGAAUAUGUUUGUCCAAUGGACCUGGGGCAGGUGUCGGGGAGUAGCUCCCAGAAGGGGUUUAGACCUGGCUUGGACAUGCGUCUGUAUGAAGAGGAUGACUUGGAUCGGUUAGAGCAGAUGGAAGAUUCUGAAGGGACAGUGAGACAGAUAGGCGCGUUUUCCGAAGGCAUCAACAAUCUCACACACAUGUUAAAGGAAGACGACAUGUUUAAAGAUUUUGCUGCCCGCUCCCCCAGUGCCAGCAUCACAGAUGAAGACUCCAACGUUUGACCAGAGCAUCUGGGCAAGCACCAGGAGCACAGGUGUCAUUUUCCAACUUUGUUUUUCAAGUAGUUCAUGUGACAGGUGACAGGUUAUGCAUUGCUGGUUGUUCCAACGUCUGCUCCCUCGGAAGUGGAGCUGUGUGUAAUGCAGGGGCGCCGUGCCCAUUCUGAAGACGCUGAGAGAAACGAGACACCGGUGAACAGAAGUGUGCCCGCUCUGCCUCUGUGGAAUGUAAUGUCUGUGGUAUCUUCUGUUUAAAGUGCUGCGUUUCAGGUUGGGCGUUUCCCAGAGUGCUCCUUCAUCCACAUCCCAGCGUGGACGGUUUGGCCACACCCGUGUUUGCUGCAGCGUCUAAGCUGAACGUGCUGCUCUCCAGAUCCCACUGCUCACCGCAUCCGGGGCCGCAGAAUGCCAGCCGCACCUCCACUUGCCUCUGACUGUCUUAUUUUCAUAUAUUUUUCUAAAUAUGUAUAUAUAUAUACAUAUAUAUAUAUAUAUAUAUAUAUACAGUAUAGAGAAAACAGAACUUUUAUUUUGUGACACAAGGAUCGAAAGAUCAGAUUAAAAACAAAGAAACCCCAGUGUUCUCAGGUUUUUGUAGACCAGCUGAUUCCUGAGGAGACAGGGAAUUCCUCCAGUGAUGAAUUUUAACAGUGUUAAAUUCUCCAUGCUGUGCACUACGUUGACGCCCACAAAAUCGCAGAGCGGUGUAGAAGCUCCGGCUUUACUCGUGCCUCCGGCUUUGGAUGCACUCAGUCCCCUCAGAAAAGGUUUUGUUAGGGUGACUUUGGAAAAACCAAACCAAAACAGGACCUUUUUACAUGUUAAGUUUCUCAUUUUCUUCUUUGCUAAAUGCACCAUUACAUGGAACUAAGGAGUCCACCUAGCCAUGUCCACUGUCCCUUACACUCAUACUGUCAACUGAGGGGGCUUCGUGUUAUUUCAGUCAGGGAUCCAAAUACUCUGAGGCUGCAGGCCGUUUUCUAAUGGUCUUCCUGUCCAGUAGCAUAUUGCUCAUGUUUUCUGUAACACAAGGCCCAAAAGCUCUUUGCAAAGAGGCUAGAAAGCCAAGCACAGCUGUUCCUGUGGCAUGUGUAUAUGUGUGUUUUCAGUGGUGUUGGAGACAAUCUGGUUUUCAUUUGGGGUUACACGUAACAAGACCAACUGUGUACAGACAGGAGCUCACCCGCUGGGGUGCAGGUAGGCAGCUCAGUUUAUGGUAAUAGAUUUGGUGAUAACCGUUUCUAAAUGUCAGCAGUAUUCCUGUUAUGUGCUCAGCAGGUUACAGAGCUGUUCGUUGUGACACUUGUAACACUACUCUUUAUAUCUAACUACAAUUAUCUGAUGCUAAUGGUGAUGUCCUUUGGAUGCUCCCGUUCAUGGUUUGAUUGCUAUAUUGGCUUCUUCCUCGAUUGGGGUUUUAGUUUAAACGUUGAUUAAAUGUCACCAUUUGAAAAGCUCAAUUUGUUAUUUGAGCCUGGUUGAAAAAUACCAGCAAGACUGUUACUGAUGCCAAAUAUUCUUUAUAAGGACAAUGUAACAACUGAUGAUAUGUGAUAAAGUUAAAAAAAAACUUUUGAUUAUAUAUUUUAUUUACAAAAGUAUUUGUAUGCACUGUUGGCAUUACCGUAUGAAAGCAAAUAAAGUCAAUUGAUAACUGC